AUGACUACCGCGGCGUGUAGUUCCUUUGCGGGGCUGGCGUCCGUGAGGUUCCUGCUCGGCGUCACGGAGGCGACCAUCUCACCUGGCUUCGUGGCCGUCACGGGCAUGUGGUGGACGAGACAGGAGCAGGCCGGCCGCUCGGCGCUGUGGGUUUCGUUCCUCGGCGUCGGGAGCUUUGUGGGCACGAUGCUCGCGUACGGAAUCGGGCACAUCACGGGCUCGUUGUCGCCGUGGAAGUACAUCUUUCUGAUCCUCGGCGCCAUGACCGUCGUCUGGGGCGUCGUGUUUACGAUUUUCGUGCCGGACGGGCCCGCAAAGGUGACGUGGUUGACGGAGAGGGAGAAGGUCGUUGCUGUACAGCGCGUGGCGGAGAAUCAGACCGGUACGGGACGGAGCAGGACGUUUGUCAGGGCGCAGGUGGUGGAGGCGGCGAAGGAUCCGGCGGUCAUCAUCUUGGGUUUGAUUUCGUUUGUGAAUGCGAUUGCGUCGGGCGGGCUGGCGUUUGGGUCGUUGAUUAUUCAGGGGCUUGGGUUCAGUCCUCUUAACACGACGCUCAUGAACCUGCCGCUUUCUACUGUGCAGGUUGUUACGCAGCUAGGAGCUGGGUUCUUGAGCAGCAAGAUCAAGAGUUCUAGGCUCCACGUCGCCACUGUUGCCAUGAUCCCGCCGAUCAUCGGAACCUGCCUCAUCAACCAGCUCCACGCAGACAACAAAUGGGGCCGCCUCGUCGGCGUCUGGCUACUUGGCUCCUACCCCGUCGGCUUCAUGGUCAUCCUCGGCCUGCUCUCGACCAACAUCGCCGGCAGCACAAAGCGCUCCGUCGCCUCGGGCUGGGUCUUUGUGUGCUACUGCGUCGGGCAGAUUGCCGGCCCACAGUUCUUCAAGAGCACCGAGGCGCCCGCGUACCACAGCGGCAUCGUGGCUAUGCUGUGCGGGUUUAUUCUCAACCUGGUCCUGAACCAGAUCUUGCGCUUCAUUUAUGUGCUCGAGAAUAAGAAGCGUGAUCGUAUGCUGGAAGGAAAGUCGGAGGAGGAGGUCAAGGAGAUGCGGAGGGAGGGCGAGGUCCUUGGGUUCGAGGAUGUGACGGAUAAAGCUAAUGGGGAUUUGUUGGCUGUUGGUAGGAAUUGGGAGGCAGGCGUCGUUGGCGCCAAGGAGGAUUAG